GUGAAAUUGUGGGUGUUUCUCAUCGCCCAUAGGUACGAGCCUGCAGUAAGGACUAUAUAAGGAUAUGUCAAAAUCGUUAUUUUUGUUUUUAUGCAUCGCAUCUUUGCUGUGCUUUUGUGAUGCUUACAAAGUGCUAGUGGUCUUUUCCUUGUCUGGCAAGAGCCACAGCAUACUCGGAUAUGGAAUUGUCAAGCAUUUACUGAAAACCGGACAUGAGGUAACGUAUAUAACCGCGUUUCCCGAGGAAAGUUCAGACCCGAACCUCACACAAAUUGACGUCAGCAGCAACAUGGUAGCUCUUCCCAAGUCCUAUAAGGAAUCGUUAAAUUUAAAAACGGUUCUCGAAGGUAAAGCGGUACCGCUCGAUUUUGACAUAAUCCACAACUUGAUGAACGCGGUCGAGAUGAACACAUAUCAAAUUGAGAAUGUUUCAAAAUUACUCAAUGAUCCAGAACAGAAGUUUGAUGUCGUCAUUGCCGAGUGGAUGUUUACUGAGAUCUGUGUCGGUUAUGCCGCAAUAUUCAAUGCCCCGUUGAUCUGGUUUUCGAGUGUUCAAACCCAUUGGAUAAUUACGAAAUUGAUUGAUGAGUCCCUUCAUCCAGCUUACAAUGCCGAAGCUAUUGCCCAUAGCAUUCCACCGUUCAAUUUCUUUCAGAGAGCUCAUAACUUGUGGACUCAGUUGCAGGUGUUUUAUCAUUUGACAAAAGGUCGCCAAGAAACAUUGUACGCUAAUGAAAUAGUACCAAUAAUAAAGAAGAGAGGUCUGGUGCCACCUUCAUUCAAUGAUUUACUAUACAAUAGUUCUUUGGUGCUCAGUAAUACUCACGUUUCCUAUGCGGCAGCGACGCGAUUGCCGCAAAACUACAAACCCAUUGGUGGAUUCCACAUCGAUGAAGAGGUCAAACCUUUGCCAGAGGAUCUAAAGAAGGUAAUGGACGGUGCCUCGAACGGUGUCAUUUAUUUCAGCAUGGGCUCGAAUUUGAAGAGUAAAGAGAUGCCGGAUAUGUUAAAAAAGGAACUAAUCAAAAUGUUUAGUGACCUGAAAUAUACGGUACUUUGGAAAUUUGAAGAAGAAUUCUUUGACCUUCCUGAAAAUGUGCACAUGGUUAAAUGGGCACCCCAGCAUAGUAUUUUAGCUCAUCCAAAUUGCGUGCUUUUCAUCACACAUGGUGGAUUGCUCUCGACGAUUGAGAGUAUUCAUUUUGUUGUACCAAUUAUCGCAAUUCCUGUGUUCGGGGAUCAAUUCAUCAACGUUGAAUGGUCCGUCAGAAAAGGAUUCGGAAAAAGGGUCGAUCUUUCUUACACGUUGGCGGAAGAUCUCAAGGCUGCUAUCGAAGAAGUUUUCGCAAAUCCUAGAUACAAAGAAAUAGCAAAAGAAACAUCGUUGAUAUAUCACGAUCGUCCGGUGUCUCCGGGUGCUGAGCUGGUCCACUGGGUGGAGCACGUCGUCAAGACUAAAGGAGCUCUCCAUCUGCGCUCACCAGCACUAUUCGUACCCUUGUACCAGAAACUGUAUUUAGAUGUACUGGUAGUCAUAUUAGUAUUCUUGAUUGUAUUGUACAAAACUGCGAGAUGUUUAUUUUUUAAGGAAAAAAUAACAAAUAAAAAGAAAAAUAAUUAAA